ACAGUGUGUGUGUGUGUAGUGUAUGUAUAAUCAUAUGACCUGGUCAUCCGCUCUUUCGUCUCAUCUUCUGGGCGUUUUAGUCCUCUGCAAAGUUUUGUGUGCUUUCUAAGAGUAUAGAUCGCCAGUUUAUAAAAAAUUGAAGGAGCCUCCAGCUCUGUUUCUUCGAUCGCGAGUUAAUUGGUGUUGCUCCAAAAAAAAGAAUGAAGGUCUGCGGCCCAAAGUAUGCCCUGUGCGGUCUCGUUAUUUCUGUCUGGGGCAUCAUCCAACUUCUGCUGAUGGGCCUAUUCUUCUCGUUUAGGAGUGUGGCACUCAUUGAAGAUCUCAACCUGGAGGGCGAAGACAUAGACAGUGUUGCUAGUUUCUAUGCUGCAGCCGACAGCAGCUUCAAAGCCAAUGCACACAAUUGCUGGAUCGCAGCUUGUAUAUAUGUUAUAACAUUACUAUUCUCUGGUCAUCAGUUUUACCUCAACUCAAGAUCAUCCUUGAGUGUCUAAGCCAAAAGUUUGUAUCCCGUUGUUGUUGUCUUUUUAAAGAAAGAAGAAAUGUAAAAAAGCUCAAUGAAGUUCAUUAUAAACCAAAUACCAGUUAAGUUGGUAUUUUAGUGCUUUCUCAUAAAAGGAAGUCAAAAACUUGAUUUUAAAUGCAUGUCGUAUUUUUUGUUACAACAGUUGUACUUCGUAUCUGUUAAUAAUAUAACAUUUAUGUAAAUAAGCGUAUAUUACCAAGUAAACUGUUUAUUUGAUUUGUUGAAAAAAGAAUCUUAAUAUUAACUAUUGCAUUCCCAGCGUAAUCAUACUAUGAUUUAACUCUUAAAAAAAUGUACAAUAAUAAGCGUUUA